AUGGUGAUCUCUGAAAUGAAGGGAUUUAGGAGUCUCAGUCCUCUCUCAGUGCUGUACCUGAGCGGCAUUGCGCUUGGGGCAGUUACCAACUCGUCUCUCCAUGGAAAGUCCGUUCCCCUUGAUUUGAGCUCCCUCUUCAACAACAAAGGUUUCGGUACUCAGCCGGGAGAGGCAUCAUUCGACGCACUUGACCAGUCGUUCCCUCAGCCAGUUAUUGGCCCGGACUUCGUCUCACCCGACACAGGAAUCCAGUAUAGUUUCCCUGGGUACACCGGACCCACGGAGCCCGACAAUCUCAUCUGUACUGGUCAAAAAGUUACCGUCCCCCAGGACAGCUACUUUUCAGUCUCAUUCCUCGUGGCCGGAGACGUUGAGGGUGCGACCGUCAGCGGCAAUGUGUCCUUCGCCUACUCCGACAACACGACAUCCGAGUAUGAGCUCCGCACACUCAACUGGUUCAGCUUCUUGACUAUCAACCGCGGUGAGAUUGUAUUCCCGAGCAGAUAUACAGCCAAUGGCUCCGACUUCAAUACCUCGCACAUAUUUGAGCGUUCCACGGCGCUGCCGCCAGGAAAGAAGCUUAGCUCCAUCACCCUGCCGGUGAAGAAUAAUGCAACCGAGGGUCGACUUCACGUCUUCGCUAUCUCUUUGUGGCACCAGACCCCAGAAAUCGGGGUGCAGUCAGUCCGUCCGACGCAGAAGUGGGUGGGAAAUGGAACACAGGUAGUUGAGGUUACCGUCAACAACGCUGGGUCGAAGUGUGUGUCUGGCGACGGUCUUAACGUAACUAUUUCUGGAGAUGGAUUUCGCACCGUUAGCCCGGGACACCUGAAGCGACUCUGCCCCGGCGAUCAGAAGGUUAUCACAGUCGGUGUCGAUGGAGCCUCUGAUGGUCCAGUCAGCGUCUCCCUUGAGAUUAGCAGCCGAAGUACUCGACAAGCGACGUCGAUUGACGGUGUGGAAAUCGGUUUGACAGAGUGGACUGCAGAUUCCGACAGUCUGUCCAAACAUGAAAGUCCGGAAUGGUUUGACGACGCCAAAUACGGUAUUUUUAUUCAUUGGGGACCGUAUUCCGUCACCGGCUGGGGCAACUCGACGCCGUACGAAAGCUACGCCGAAUGGUUCUGGUGGUACUCCACGCACCAUCCCGAUGGUGAUCGCUCCAACUUCUAUGGGUACCGCCUCGAUACCUACGGCCCCGACUGGGCGUACGAUGACACUUUCCCGGAGUUCAACGCGUCAAGAUUCGAUCCCAAAGAGUGGGUUGACUUGUUUGCUGACGCGGGCGCCAAGUAUUUCGUCAUCACGACUAAGCACCAUGAUGGCUUCGCUCUCUUCGACACAGGUGAAACUUCGAAUCGUUCGGCAAUUCACUAUGGUCCCAAGCGUGACCUUCUUAGGGAACUCUUUGAUGCCGCCGAGACAUACCAGCCCUCGCUAAAGCGGGGAACAUACUUUUCACUACCUGAGUGGUUCAACCCAGAUUUCGGCCCGUACGGUUUCGUCCAGUUUCCUACAGCCUCCUCGGUCUCCUGGCCGGGUACGCCGGCGCCAAACCCCUACACAGGCGAGCCAGAGCCGUACACUGGACAUGUCCCCGUAAACGACUUCAUCACGGAUCUCAUGGUCCCUCAAAUGGAGACUCUGGCAUAUGACUACGGCACCGACAUCAUGUGGUGUGACUGCGGCGCCGCUAAUGGCACGGCAGGCUUCGCGGCAGAGUGGUGGAACAAGGCCCGUGCCGAGGGCCGACAGGUUGCCAUCAACUCACGCUGCGGCAUCUCUGAGGCGGCCGACUUCGACACUCCUGAGUACCAGACCUUCGCGUCUGCUCAGCAGCGCAAGUGGGAGAGUAACCGUGGCAUGGACCCAUACAGCUACGGAUACAACCGAGAGACGAAGCCUGAGGAGUACAUGAACGCUACCACAAUUGUAUACUCGCUCGUUGACAUGGUGUCGAAGAACGGCAACUUCUUGCUGGACAUCGGGCCGAGGGCGGACGGGACUAUUGUGCAAGCUGAAAUGGACAACUUGCGUGAGGCCGGUAAGUGGAUCAAGAGCCAUGAAGAAGCAAUCUUCAACACGACAUAUUGGUUCGUGCAGAGUGAAAUUCCAGGUGGACCGGACGUGAGGUUUACGCAAACUGAUGAGGCGUUUUACACCGUGUUCUUGGAAAAGCCACUUGUCGUUGACGGCUGGGUUACUAUCCAAGCACCGGUUCCCGUUGUCAAGGGCGAUGUUGUCAGUCUUCUCAACAUCGAAGGCGGCGAAGACCUCGAGUGGAAAUCAGUUGGGUCGGGGACUGAGCAUGGGUUGAAGAUCAAGGUGGACGAAGCAUUGAUUGAGGCGGACCAGUUCGCUUGGGUCUUCAAGGUCCUUUACGCGGCUUGA